CGGAUCCUUUUCCAGAGGACCGGCCACAUCAGCUGAAGUUUUUCAAGUUUACUCCGUUUAGUGCCCGUUUUUCCCACCCCCGGAGUUCCAAAUUUUCCGAGGCAAACUGUAAAAACGACCAAGUGGAACGUCUCGGUCCUCCCAGGAGUGGUUGACAAAAGUUAUCCUGCAUAAGUUCCAUUUUCACCAUCAUUUUAUCGCACGUGUGGCCAACCCCUUGUGCAUGAGGAAGGCAUGUCUACACCACAGCAACCGUCGGUGCUCGAACUCAAGCAUGGCUUUGUCAAGCAGGUUGUGUCGGGUGACAUGGUCGUGAUCCGCGGCCAGCCAAAGGGGGGGCCGCCCCCUGAGCGGACGCUCUGCCUCUCCAACAUCACAGCACCGAAGCUGGCAAGACGUCCGAUGGAGCCAUCGCCUGAAAAUGCAGAAGACGGUCCCAGGUCCGGCGCUCCGACGGGCGAGACAAAGGACGAGCCGUUUGCCUGGGAAGCCAGGGAGUUUCUACGGAAAAAGCUGGUGGGCAAAGAGGUGGCAUUUGCGGUGGAGUACAAGGUGCCAAGCACUUCUCGAGAAUACGGUGUUGUCUACCUCGGAAAGGAUUCAACGGGAGAAAAUGUGACAGAGUCCCUCGUAGAAGCAGGUCUGGUGGAAGUGAGGCGCUCAGGAGGCAACAAGGGAGAGAGCUUCCAGCGGCUCUGCGACCUGGAAGACAAGGCCAAGUCCGCCGGACUGGGCAAGUGGGGCACGGACCUGGCGUCCCACGUGCGGGACGUCAAGUGGAACGUGGCUGAGGAGCCCCGUGUGUUUGUGGACCGCUUCCAGCGCAAACCCGUUCCGGCCGUCGUGGAGAUGGUGCGAGACGGCUCGACCCUGCGUGUUCUCCUUCUGCCCAGUUACCACUAUGUGACUCUCAUGCUUUCGGGCAUCAGGAGCCCUCCCAUCCAGAAAAAUUCGGACAAUUCCCUGGCUGAGGAGGCCAAGUAUUUCACCGAGAGUCGUCUGCUGCAGAGGGACGUUGAAGUGGUUCUGGAGACAGUGAGCAACAGAAAUUUCCUUGGCUCCGUACUACACCCGAAUGGCAACAUUGCGGAACUCCUUGUGCUAAAUGGCAUGGCAAAGUGUGUGGACUGGAACAUGAGCGCAGUCACAUCGGGGGCCGACAAGCUCAGGGCAGCUGAAAAAGUGGCGAAAGACAAGCGUCUGAGGUGGUGGAAGGAUUACACCCCAGCGGGUGUGGCCCUGGACGCCAAGGACUCCAAAUAUGAGGGAACCGUCACGGAGGUGAUCAAUGCGGACGCCCUCGUCGUGAAGACCGCCGACGGAGACAUGCGCAAGGUUUUCCUUUCCAGCAUACGGCCGCCGAGGCUGGCCGAGGAGAACAAGACUGGAGGCGAGGGUCGAGACAACAGGGGGCGCAACUUCCGGCCACUCUACGACAUCCCUUUCAUGUAUGACGCUCGUGAGUUCCUCCGCAAGAAACUCAUAGGCAAGAAGGUGUCCGUCUCAGUCGACUACAUCCAACCAGCUUCCGGAUCAUUCCAGGAGAAGACUUGUUGUACCAUCACCAUUGGAGGCGUCAACGUAGCCGAGGCGCUGGUGGGCAAAGGGUUGGCGACGGUGGUACGCUACCGGCAGGACGACGACCAGCGCUCUGCACACUACAGCGACCUCCUGGCAGCUGAAAUGAAGGCUCAGAAGUCCGGACGGGGUCUCCACUGCAAGAAGGAGGCCUCAGUGCACAGAGUAGUCGACCUCUCCGGGGACAUGGCCAAGUCGAAGCAGUUCCUGCCUUUCCUCCAGAGGGCGGGCAAGACUGAAGCUGUUGUGGAGUUUGUGGCAAGCGGUUCUCGGCUGCGACUCUACGUUCCUCGGGAGAACUGCCUCAUCACGUUCCUACUGGCAGGCAUCACCUGUCCGAGGGCGGGACGGGUGCUCAGCGGCCAGACGCUGGAGGAAGAACCGUUCGGCAACGAAGCGCUGGCAUUCACCAAGGACCUGUGCCUCCAGAGGGAGGUAGAAGUGGAAGUGGAGUCUAUGGACAAAGCGGGCAACUUCAUUGGCUGGCUUACGACAGAAGGGGUCAACCUCUCUGUGGCCCUGGUCCAGGAAGGCCUGGCAUCGGUGCACUUUACGGCAGAACGCAGCACGUAUUAUCGAGCCCUGCAGAAUGCGGAGGAUGACGCCAAGAGGCGAAGGGAAAAGAUGUGGGCCGGAUACGAAGAAACUGACGAGGUUGCACCCAAGGACGACAAAACUGAACGCACGGUCAACUACAAGACGGUGGUCGUCACUGAAGUCAAACCAGAGCUCAGCUUCUAUGUGCAGUCUUACGACGAGGGUGCCAAAUUAGAACAGGUGAUGCAGCAGCUGCGUCAGGAGCUGUCUUCCAAUCCACCCGUGGUUGGGGCGUACACUCCCAAGAGGGGGGACAUAUGCGCCGCCAAAUUCUCCGAGGACGACCUCUGGUACCGGGCCAAGGUGGAGAGGGUGGUGUCCAACCAGAGGGUUGAUAUCCUCUUCAUCGAUUACGGCAACCGGGAGACGACGGACAGCUCUCGCCUCACCGCGUUGCCCGUGUCCAGCUUCCGGGACAUGAAGCCGUGCGCGGAGGAGUACAGCCUGGCGUGCGUCACGUUACCCAAGGACCCAGAGCAAGCAGCAGACGCGCGGCAUGCGUUCAUGACGGAGGUGCAAAACGAGACGCUGCAGCUCAACGUUGAGUUCCGAGUGGGCAACCAGAGCUUCGUGACGCUGGUGACAAAGGGCACGGAAACGGAUGUGGCCAAGAAGCUCCUGGAAGAGGGUUACCUGCUGGUAGAGUCUCGCAGGGAACCACGCCUGCAGGACUUGGUGAAGGAGUACCGCGAGGCGCAGGAGUCCGCAAAGCGGCAACGGCGGAAUCUGUGGUGCUACGGUGACGUCACGGAGGACGACUCCAAGGAGUUUGGUUUCUAGGAGAUGAGCCGCACGUGUAUUUGCACGCAAAUCGUGUCAAGGUCAACUUCCUCCAAUCGUGAAGCGUGCAGAGCUGGCACCCCGAAAAAAAAAAAAAUUGAUUCCCGCAGCGGCGGCAGCGAUGAACAACCGCUCCCGAAGUUUUUUUUUUUUUUUUUUUGCGUCCGUUUCGUUGCCCAGUGCUCAGUAUACCAGCAGUGGCACGGCAGGAUGUUUAUUUCCCUUAAAAUAUUUCUAAGAAGAGUUUUCUGAGCGAAAGUUUGUUAUAUAUAUCGUGAAUAUACACGAGGCAGGUGCUGAAAAAAAAAAGUUUUAUACACAACGAGCCGUUUGUUGCGGAGCCACGGAAGUUUUGCGGAGCGGAGGGACUAGUACUACGGUUUGGUGGACUGAUUGCGAACUUUUUCUCGUUUUUUAAAUAAAGGAAGUUGACUUUGCUA